CUCCCCAGGCCCGGCCGGCCCGGAGGGGCCAUGAGCUUCUUUGGCUUCGGGCAGAGCGUGGAUGUGGACAUCCUGCUGAACGACGCGGACAGCAGGCGGCGGGCCGAGCACAAGACCGAGGAUGGGAAGAAAGACAAGUACUUUCUAUUCUACGACGGCGAGACGGUGUCCGGGAAGGUGAGCCUGGCUCUCAAGAACCCCAACAAGCGGCUGGAGCAUCAGGGGAUCAAGGUCGAGUUCAUCGGGCAGAUCGAGCUCUACUACGACCGCGGCAACCACCACGAGUUCGUGUCCCUGGUGAAGGACCUGGCCCGGCCCGGAGAGGUCACCCAGUCGCAGGCUUUUGACUUCGAGUUCACCCACGUGGAGAAGCCCUAUGAGUCCUACACCGGGCAGAACGUGAAGCUGCGGUACUUCCUCCGGGCCACCAUCAGCCGCCGUCUGAAUGACAUCGUCAAGGAGAUGGACAUCGUGGUGCACACGCUGAGCACGUACCCCGAGCUGAACUCCUCCAUCAAGAUGGAGGUCGGCAUCGAAGACUGUCUGCACAUCGAGUUUGAGUACAACAAAUCCAAGUACCACCUGAAGGACGUCAUCGUGGGGAAGAUCUACUUCCUGCUGGUGCGGAUCAAGAUCAAGCACAUGGAGAUUGACAUCAUCAAGCGGGAGACGACCGGCACGGGCCCCAAUGUGUACCAUGAGAACGACACCAUCGCCAAGUAUGAGAUCAUGGAUGGCGCGCCCGUGAGAGGAGAGUCCAUCCCCAUCCGCCUCUUCCUGGCGGGCUACGAGCUCACACCCACCAUGCGGGACAUCAACAAGAAGUUCUCGGUGCGCUACUACCUCAACCUGGUGCUCAUCGACGACGAGGAGCGGCGCUACUUCAAGCAGCAGGAGGUGGUGCUGUGGCGGAAGGGUGACAUCGUCCGGAAGAGCAUGUCCCACCAGGCGGCCAUUGCCUCCCAGCGCUUCGAGGGCACGACGCCCCUGGGGGAGGCCCGGACCCCUGGCCCACUGUCCGACGGCAGCAGCAGACAGUAGGCCCAGGGCGGGGAAGUGGCUGGGGCGGGAGAUCGACUGCUGACCCGCGCUCGCAGCCUGAAAACAAACCAUGCCUUUGACGUAAAUCCUUUUUCCUGAAGAACCUGAGGGGCUGGGGUUGGGAGGCAGGGUGUCCAGGACCCUGUGCCCGACAGGGGCGCGGGGAGAGGUGGGGUGUCCCUGGGGAGCUGUCUGUGGGGCCGCAGAGGGCUCGGCCGUCAAGAGGGGCUCAGGCCAGGAGCUGCCACAGGAGUCUGGAUGUGGUGCUUUGGCGCCUCCACAGGCCGCCAUUGUUCUCCUCCGACUCCCAAGCAUGGUCGUCCUGGACUGGAUGGGGUCUGCAGCACCUCUGGCCGCCGCCCCCAAGGCCCAGAGACACCAGGGCCCAUGUGGCACGUGGACAGCAACAGGGAGAACUCAGUGGUUGUGCGCGGAGCGGUGGCCCUGGGCGCCCAGGAGCAGAGGCUCUUGGUCCCUGCUGUCCGUCUCAUGCCCGGGGACCAGGGCUUGGUCUGACCCCUAGAAGCUCUGCGCUCACCGAGGGGGCCGCAGGGGGGGCGGGCCUCCCGAGCUGCUGUCCUCCCCCGCAGCUUGGGACCAGGGGUGUUCUGUGUAGUGGGUGCUCGCCAUGCUAGAGGGGGUCUUCCGCAGCCACACCACGCCUGGGCCUGUCAUGUUAAAGGUGUGGCUGGCUGUCCUGUCUCCUGGCCUCUCUUCUCUUCUAGAAAGACUAGGCAGACCCCCGAGGUCAGCAGGUACUAUGCAGUCGGGGGUCUGGCUUCUCUGUCUUCUGGGAGGCAGAGGGUUUGUUCUGUAUCGUCUUUAUAGGGAUCACUUUUCCUUGGAAAUCGGGGCAGCUGUGGGCCCCGGACUGGGCAAGGCUUAUGGGUCAGAGCUAGACUGGAGAGAAGGGCGUUAGGGUGGCGACGGGAAGAGCGCCAGCACUGGGGGCAAGAGAGCCAGGCAAGGGCAGGUGGUCCCCUGGCUGGCCCACGGUUCCAGAGGGCGGAACAGCACCCCUUGGCUUUUCCAGAGUGUGAACCGAGCCCUGGACCCCCCGGGGCAGCCUGCACCGUGACCACUAGGACCACCCGCCCACCCUCUGCCCCCAGCCAGCCGCGCAGACACCCGUGCCCGACAACCGUCCUCUGAGGGAGCCAGAGCGCGGCUGCUUCCGUCCUCUGCCUGCCCGUCCUCUGCCUCUGUGCCAGGCAAGUGCAGGGAGGCAGCUAGGGCCCGGCAAAGCUGAGGGACCAGACAGGCAGCGUAGCCUGGGGUUGAGCCGCUGCGCGUACUGGUUUCUCGCUGUGUGUCUUUACAGUGGCUGUGUUUUAAACAAAGCUGUUUCAGAUGUGUGUCUGAUUAAAGUGAGCCCCUGGGCUGGCCCGGUCCACAGUCUUCGUGCCCACGGUC